AAUAGGCAAGUUAGGUCUUGGAUUCCUUGGGGUGCAAGUGAUCUCUCUGUGUCUGGUUUCUCCUCAGAAGAAUUUGAGAUGGCGGGUAAUGUUUGCAAAAUGUGUUGUGAAUGUGAUACAAAGUUCACUGAGUCCUCCCGUGGAUUUCAUUGCCAAAACUGCGGUCGCUGGUUAUGUUCAAAAUGCAUUCAAAGUUUUGAAUCUCCUGUUGUGGUACCAGAUGAUGUGAAGGGCAGAGGUAAUUCUUGGGAGAGUCUCAAAUCUUGUAAGUUUUGUGCUGUGGUUACUAUGAGACUUGAAAGUGGGAGGAAGUAUUGUGAGAAAGUACAUCCAUCACUGUCUCCCCGAGACAACCCAGAGCCCCCAUCCCCUUGUGCUGCGUAUAGUGAAUCGGUUCAGAGCGAUCGUCUUGCCCAAUAUCUUGAAGCUCGUGAUAGUGGGUAUUCUCCCCAGGCAGCAGCUAUCAGGAGUAUGAGUAUGAGUAUGACUUCUUUUAGUGCUCACCCAUCUCUGGUAGCCACUCCCCUUUCAUCCAGUAGGAGCGAUGAAGAAGAUGCCGGGGAUUCUGGGAAGCAGUUUUCAGGCCCUUCAUUUGAUAUUUGUCAGGAUGUUUCAGAUGUAGAUUCACAUAAUAUUAGUGCUAGACAUGAAUUUUACAGUUUUAAAACAAUGGGAUCAAGUCCUUCACCCAGCCCCUCUAGGAACAGUUUUACUCAUAGAGUUGGGCACUAUGUACAGCGGAGGCGAAGGAGCCCAAUGGCUCAGAAUGUUGGUUCCUUUGAUCAAGAAAGUAUGGCUAUUUUAAGAAGGCCAGAGAUACAGCGUGAGGAGCAGGAAAAUAUUGAUAGUUACACUGAUGUCAUGUCAAUUUUUCCAAACCAAUAUGAGAACUCACAAAAACCAUUAGAUUUUGAAAACAAUGAUCUUAUCUGGAAUCCCCCGCCAUCUGAGUAUGAAAAUGAUGAGAUGGAGAGUAACCACUUUUCAUAUGAUGAUGAAGAUGAUGAUGUUGGGGAUUCUGGUGCAAUCUUCUCAUCAAGUGGUAGCCUUUCAAGUCUGUUCCCAUCAAAGGAGAAACAAAUUGAGGGCAGCAAGGAACCUCUCAAAGCUGUAAUACAGGGGUAUUUUAGGGCUCUUGUAUCACAGCUGUUACAGGGGGAGGGCAUUCAAAUUGAAAAAGAUGAUGAUAAAACUGACUGGCUUGACAUAGUCACAUCACUGGCAUGGCAAGCAGCAAAUUUUGUGAAACCUGAUACUAGCAGAGGAGGCAGUAUGGAUCCUGGUGAUUAUGUGAAGGUUAAGUGUGUAGCAUCAGGUAUUCCAAGUGAAAGCACUCUUAUUAAGGGAGUAGUUUGCACGAAAAAUAUAAAGCACAAGCGUAUGACCUCACAAUACAAAAAUCCCAGAUUACUUCUUUUAGGUGGAGCCCUUGAAUUUCGAAAAGUUCAAAAUCAGUUGGCAUCUUUUAAUACACUAUUGCAACAGGAAUAUGAUCAUCUAAAGAUGAUCACCUCAAAGAUUGAGGCUCUUCGCCCAAAUGUUCUGCUGGUAGAGAAGAGUGCAUCCUCAUAUGCCCAAGACUAUCUACGUGAAAAGGAAAUUUCUCUAGUGCUUAAUGUGAAAAGACCAUUAUUGGAGCGCAUAGCCAGGUGCACUGGUGCUCUUAUUAGUCCAUCAAUUGAUUGUAUAUCUUCCUCCAGAUUGGGGCACUGUGAAUUGUUCCGGCUAGAGAAAAUAUAUGAGGAACAUGAGACUGCCAAUCAAUUUAACAAGAAGCUAUCAAAAACACUGAUGUUCUUUGAAGGAUGUCCAAGGCGUUUGGGUUGCACGGUCCUAUUGAGGGGUAAAACUCGUAAAGAACUAAAGAAGGUUAAACAUGUUGUCCAAUAUGCUGUAUUUGCAGCCUAUCACUUAUCCCUUGAGACCUCCUUUCUUGCUGAUGAAGGUGCUACUCUGCCUAAGAUGAAACUGAAACACUCAAUAGAAGAGGGGAUCACUGCUGAUAGUGCCAUUAUAGAUUUCCCUAGUUCUAUUUCUGCAGGUGUUUCUGAAACAAUAGCUGACAUGCCUGCUCGUAAUGAGGUAUCUCUGAGUCUCAAUCCAGAUCAUGGAGAACCAGAUCUGUUCUCUGAGCACCAUGAUCAGAACAAUUUAUUUUCAACCCCUGGUCCUAUGAAUUCUAGAGUUGACAAUGUUCUUUCUGAUGCAUGCAUUGACAACUUAGCACCUAGUUUAGGUUCAGAGUUGUAUUCCUUAGAAGUGGGUAAGGAUCUGAAGGAGCCUAGUUUGCUGCUUCAUGAUUUAAGGGGUGUAUUGCAGCCAGAGUUAGAAGAAACUGUUCCUGAAGAGGAGAGGCAUGUUGGGGAGAUUCAUGAACUGUCAAAAUCUGAAAUGAUUUGUGGAGAUGAGAUUUCCAGUGAAUACUUCUCAGCCACUGACACACACCAAAGUAUAUUGGUGUCAUAUUCAAGCCAUUGCGUGGUUAAAGAAACUGUGUGUGAACGCUCUCGGCUAUUGCGGAUUAAGUUUUAUGGCUGUUUUGAUAAGCCACUUGGGAGAUAUCUUCGUGAUGAUCUGUUUGAUCAGGUAUCUUGCUGCCGAUUGUGUCAAGAGCCCAUUGAAGCUCACGUAAUAUGCUAUACCCACCAGCAAGGGAAUCUCACAAUCAAUGUUAGACGACUUCCCUCUAUUGAGCUGCCUGGUGAACAGGAUGGUAAGAUAUGGAUGUGGCAUCGAUGCCUAAGGUGUGCUCAUGUAGAUGGAGUUCCUCCAGCAACUCGUAGAGUUGUCAUGUCUGAUGCUGCAUGGGGACUUUCUUUUGGAAAGUUUCUGGAACUUAGCUUUUCAAAUCAUGCAACUGCUAACCGUGUUGCAACCUGUGGUCAUUCAUUGCAGAGGGACUGUCUUCGUUUCUAUGGGUUUGGGAGCAUGGUUGCAUUCUUCCGCUAUUCUCCAAUUGAUAUUCAUUCUGUCCAUUUACCACCUUCAGUGCUUGAAUUUAUUGGGCCUUUACAACAGGAGUGGAUAGGAAAAGAAGCAGCAGAGCUCAUUGCCAAAAUGGAAACAUUAUAUGCAGAGAUAUCUGAUGUACUUGACGGCAUUGAACAGAGAAGUAAUUUUAUUGGAUCUGAAUCUUCAGAUUCCAGUGAGUUACUGAAUCAUGUCUUGGAACUGAAAGAUCAGCUUAAAAAGGAGAGAAAUGAUUACAAUGGUCUUCUACAGUCAGUUGUCACAGGGACUUCUCAAAUGGGUGAAGCAGCUGUGGACAUUCUAGAACUGAAUCGUUUGAGGCGUGAACUCCUAAUUGUUGCUCAUGUUUGGGAUAAUCAGUUUCGUUCAUUGGAUUCCCUCCUUAAAAAGGGUUCUUUUGUCAAAGUUUCAGAAGGAAACUCAUCUUAUGCCCAACUGAAAGAGACAAGAAGUGACGAUUCUAAGGAUGAGAAUCUUGAAUAUUGUCAAGAAGAAAAUGUUUCCAGAUCAUCAGACUUACAGGAGUCUCCUAGGAAUGAAAUACAGUUAGAGCAGGAGGAGCCUAGAUUACUAAAGAUUGAAUGUGUCUUUCCUGAAAAAUCAAAUUUAGGCUCAUGUUAUCAAAAGAAAAAGGAGGAUGCGCAUUCUGAUGGAGAAUUUACUGUCAGCAGUACAUUCUCUGAAAAUAUUCCUUCUCUCAUGUCAACUUUGUCUGAGAGAAUAGAAUCUGCAUGGACAGGUACAGAUCUAGUUCAAUUGAAAGUUCAACCUUUGCUAGCAUCUCGGGGAGAUGUCCUCCAAACUGGUUUUUUCAGGCCAUCUAGUAAAGUUGAAAAUCGUUCUUUUAGAAGACUAGCAUCCCCAGUGAGGUUUCAUUCUUUUGACUCUGCUUUGACAUUCAAAGAAAGAAUUCAGAAAGGAUUUCCUGCCACCGCACCAUAUUUGUCAGCAGUUAGAUCUUUCCCUGCUUCUGGAGAUUAUAGGAGUAUGCUUAGAGAUCCUGUUUCAAGUGGAAUGAGAACUUACUUCCAGAUGUUGCCACUCAAGGCGCAGAAGUUAAAUUUGUUACUCAGUUCCACACCCACUUUCAUCUCCUCUGCUUCCCAUGUGGCUGAAGGAGCUAGGCUGCUUCUUCCUCAGAGGACUAGCAGUGAUAUUGUUAUAGCUGUUUAUGACAAUGAUCCUGCAAGUGUAAUAUCUUAUGCCCUCAGUUUGAAAGGGUAUAAGGAGUGGGUUGCUGAUAAGAUCAUUGAGAGUGAAGAUUCUGCUGCUUCUGCCUUAUUACCCUUGGAGUCAUUUGGCAGUGUUGACCUUGAUCAUAUCACCUAUGGAGUUUAUUCAUCGGAAGAUGUCUCAUCAUCAAUUGGUUCCCUCUUUUCAGAUACCAAAAGGUCUCCACAUGUAACCAUUUCUUUUGGGGAUGAUUCUGUUUCUGCUGGUGGCAAAGUGGAGUUUUCGGUCACUUGUUAUUUUGCUAAGCAGUUUGAUUCCCUUAGAAAGAAAUGCUGCCCUAGUGAAGUGGACUUUCUGCGCUCCUUGAGCCGUUGUCAGAAAUGGAGUGCGCAAGGGGGGAAGAGCAAUGUAUACUUUGCCAAAUCACUGGAUGAAAGAUUCAUCAUAAAACAAGUCAAAAAGAGAGAGUUAGAAUCCUUUGUGGAAUUUGCUCCUGAGUACUUCAAGUAUUUGACAGGCUCUUUUAGCUCAGGAAGCCCAACUUGCCUUGCUAAAGUUCUUGGUCUUUAUCAGGUCUACAUUAAACAUCUGAAAAGUGGCAAAGUGACCAAAAUGGAUUUGAUCGUAAUGGAGAACCUCUUUUUCAAAAGAAAAAUAUCAAAGAUUUACGACCUCAAGGGCUCUGCACGAUCGCGUUACAACCCAGAUACUACAGGGACAAACAAAGUAAUGUUAGAUACGAAUCUGUUAGAAACACUACUUACAGAACCCAUUUUUCUUGGAAGCAAAGCAAAGAGAAGCCUAGAGAGAGCUAUAUGGAAUGAUACAUCAUUUUUGGCUGUAAGUUUCUUCGCCCAACCCAUUCUAAAUUUUGGGUUUACUUCUUACUGGUGUAUACAAGCAUGGCACAUUAUUAACGUACCUUUGGUGCGGUUAACAGUCUGUGCACGUUAUAGACUAUUCAUUGCUGGUGGGGGUGGACGAUGAAAACAAGGAGUUGGUUUUAGGGAUUAUCGAUUUCAUGAGGCAAUAUACAUGGGAGAAGCACUUGGAGACAUGGGUUAAGGCAUCUGGGAUACUUGGAGGGCCAAAGAAUGCUUCUCCAACAAUUAUUUCUCCAGUAGAAUACAAGACACGGUUCCGGAAGGCAAUGACCACCUAUUUUCUCACUGUACCAGGUCAAUGACUUCAUGAAUUGUAUCAAUGUAUUCUUUGGUUCUUCAAUGAAGCAAAAUCUAUUUCUCAUGUUCAUUUUUCCUUUUUCCUUUCCCCCCCGAAAGUUUUAUAAUUAUGUAUGGUAAAUAUCAAUGGUCUGAUACCAUUAAGAGCUUGGCUGAAUUGGUUUCUGUUACCAAACUCAACAAUUUUUUGUUUGAGAUCAAAAUCAAAGAUUUUAACUCCU